AUGUGUUGUGCUUUAACAUGGACGGCGCAUCGACUAAGGCAGUACAUUCUAUAUCAUACCACUUGGCUCAUUGCGAAGUUAGAUCCUAUUAAAUACAUCUUCGAGAAACCAUCCUUAUCAAGUAGAGUGACAAGAUGGCAAGUGUUGUCUGAAUAUGAUAUUGUAUAUGUGUCCCAAAAAGCUAUCAAAGGAAGUGCAAUCGCUGAUUUUCUAGCGAAAAUGGUGGAGGAGGAUUAUGAACCAAUGGAGUUUGAGUUCCCAGAUGAGGACCUGAUGUCGGUUUGUCAAACAAAUGAGGAGGAAUCAGAGGAAAAAGAGAAUUGGAAGAUGUUUUUCGAUGGAGCUUCGAACGCCUUAGGGCAUGGCAUAGGAGCCGUGUUAGUGUCAUUAGAAGAAGAUCAUUAUCCCGUCAUAGCCAAACUCAACUUCUAUUGCACCAAUAACGUGGCUGAAUAUGAAGCUUGUGUCAUGGGUCUUCAAGCAGCAAUCGAGAGGAAAAUUCAUGUUUUGGAAGUGUAUGGGGAUUCUGCUUUGGUCAUUUAUCAGUUACGAGGAGAAUGGGAGACACGCGACUCGAAGUUAAUCUGGUAUCAUAAGUAUGUUUCAAAGCUAAUUGAAAAUUUUGAUAAGAUUUGUUUCACCCAUUUGCCCCAAGAGGAGAAUCAAAUUGUUGAUGCAUUAGCCACGUUGGCAGCAAUGUUCAACGUUGGUACCGAUGUGAAGAUUUAA